GGCAAGGAUAAACGAAAAUUGGCAAAGAAAUCGGAAGAAAAUUUAGUCAGCGCGUGUCCAUCCAAUCGGAAGUGAAAAUGUGCCAGCGGCGGCGGUUCGACUUUUACGCCAGCAAGUACACCAGUUUUAGUUUUCACAGGAAUCACAUCAAGUUGUUUGCCGUGUACAUGAAAACGGCAAAUCUGAUGCAAAACUUCAACGUCCUCAAGCGUUCGCUGUAAGCAGCGCUGCCGCCGCCUCCUACUCUCCCCCGCAGAAAUAUUAAUAU